UGAUACUGCGAUAACUCAAACUGUCAAGUUCCGUUGUGGUGUUGUUUAAAUUGUAGCAAAUAGCAAUAGCAACUGCAAUACUGCAUUGCUGCCUGCACAGGCCAUUUACGCACAGUGAUCAGUUGUAAAUUUGCAAUACGAAAAUUAAUGUUAAAUUUUUAUUAUUUUGUAAAAUAUUGAUAGGUAUCUUAGUAGGUUUAGUCCAAAUUAACUACUUAAUCCACGUCUUAUAACUUAGUACCUAUUGAACAGUUCUAUUUUAUUUAUGUUUUUAAAUUCGGAAUGAGGUGUAAUAUUUUCCAAGUAAACGUUAUGUUAUAUUACUGUGACUAAUUAUUAUUUGUAGUACUUCUGCUAUAGGACCUAGAUCCAAAAAGUAUUCAACAAUUUACCAAUUUACAUAGUUCAUGUUUUGUUUAUGUGAAAACUAUGGCAUCUUCUACAGUCAUAGUGCGUCAUUUCCCUCCACAAAUUACAUCUGAAGAUAAAGAAGAGUUUCUCAAGUAUUUUGGUGCCAAAUAUGUUAAAAUAUUGACAUCUAGAACAAAUCAGAGAUCUAUUGCGUAUGCGAGGUUUGAAUCCCAAGAAUUUGCUGAAGCUGUUAUUCAGCGGUUGCAUCAAAAAGAAUUGUUAGGCCAUAGGUUGACUGUUGAAUUAUCUGCAAACGAUCUCGAUGUCAAUCUUAUGAAAUGCCCUAAGCCACUACCAGUUAUUGAAUGCAACACUGACAAAGUAAAACAAUUACAAGAGGAUUAUUUAAAAAAAUUAAAUAGUUGGUCAGCUGCAAUUGACCUAAAUCAACCACCGCCACAUCAUCUGCACUAUAGUUAUCCUGAUCCAAACCCAUACAUACUGUCAAAUAUUGCCAAUGCAUUAGCUUAUAAUCAGAAGUUCUACUAUCAAGUCUUACACUUGAUGAAUCGCAUGAACCUGCCUGCGCCUUUUGAACCUAUCAUAGGUUAUCCUCUGAAUAAGUUUAUGAAAAUCGAAACUGCAGAUAAGUACACCACCACUGAUGAAACUGAUCCAGAUCUUUCAGAAUCUGAAAUGGAAAGUGAUAAUGAAAGUGAUCAUAAUAUAGAACCUAAGUUAUCUUUGUUCAAAAAGAAAAUAUGUAAAGUUAUAAAGCCUAAGCGUUUAAAAAAUGUCACAACUACAGUGUUAAAAAAGGCCAAAGUUGAAUUGGCCAAUGUUUUUGACGCUGUUGAGUAUGAGAUACCAAAGAAAAUUGAAGUCAAAGUACCAGCAGAAUUAAAACCUGUCGAGGGACCAACUGCGGACACCGAAGGCGGAUUUGGUGUAAUAUAUUCAUCAAAGAGUAUAAACAAAGAAGAAGAUAAAAAAGAAAGCGAUUCAGAUGAUGAUUUAACAGGAGAUUGUAUUAGUAAAGAAGAAUUAGCUACAAAUAGAUUGUCAGACAAAGAUAUGAAUAAUAUGCCUAUUUUUAAGAAUUAUUAUCCUGGAGCUCCAUCCUGUAGGUUAUACAUUAAAAAUUUAGCAAAAACAGUACUGGAUAAUGAUUUAAAAUACAUUUAUAAGAGAUUUAUCAAAUCUGGAGAUCUCAAACCAGGAACUAUGUUUGAUGUACGGCUGAUGCAAGAUGGGCGUAUGAAGGGUCAAGCGUUUGUGACAUUACCAUGUGUAGAAAAUGCCCAACAGGCACUGAAUGAAACCAAUGGAUAUAUUUUAAAAGACAAACCUAUGAUUGUACAAUUUGCUAGAUCAGCUACAGCAAAAUAAGUAUUAAUACAAUAAUUUAAUGCAU